AAAUGAGAACUCUAAUAUCACACACGGGAACUUCCUUCAUGCGGUGCAAUUUGGUACGGUUCAUGGGUCCCAUGUGGAUGGCAUGUUGAGAGCCAUGCACAACCUUUAUGCACCCACCUUCUUUGAGAACCAAUCAUGGCCAGACAGUUUCCGUAACGACUUCUCUGGUCAUGUUCACAAGUUCAUGGCCCAUCUCACUGACGCCCAGCACAAGACAAUGGGGCAUACGAUGCUCUAUGUGCCUGAUGAAGGAAGCAGGAUGACAGACAGUCAUGCUCACAGAGACAAGGAUCUCGUACAGAGGCUGGAAGUCGUGAUGAUCCACUGGACCCGCUUGAUCAAAGAGGUGUUGGCAAACCAGGAGGCUAUGGAGAGCUCAGACAGUUCAGGGCCACUUGAGGAGAUUGAGUUCUGGAGGGCUAGAUGUGAGGAUCUCUCCGGGCUCACCACUCAACUGGACCAGCCGGGGGUAAUCAGAGUGGCCAGGAUUGUGGAGAAAGCAAAAUCUUCCUACCUAGCCCCAUUCCAGAGGCUCUCUGCACAGAUAAAGGAGAGCCACGAAAAGGCUGAGAAUUGCUUAAAGUUCAUCUCCCUGUUGAGUGAGCCUUGCAAGGAGCUAGCCAUCUCAGAGCCCAAGACGAUCCCAAAUCUCCUGCCAAAGUUGCUCAACACUGUUCGAGUUAUUUGGAUGAAUUCUGAGCACUACAAGAGCAUCGAUAGACUCAAUGCACUACUUAGAAAAGUGAGUAGUGACAUUAUAAAGAGGUGCUACAACAAGGUCUCGUUGGACGAUGUGUUUGAUGGCUUUGUUGAGAAGAGCAGGGAAGCUCUGGAGGAGAGCAUCAGUUGCUGCCAUGCUUGGAAGGAGACCUAUGAGAGAAUCAGCAAGAUACACAACAUGUUCUCCAGUGAAGGCUGGGUGCUCGAUGAGUCAACCAUCUUUGCUCAGGUUGAUGCAUUUAUUCAGAGGUGCAAAGACUUGCUGGAGGUGGUGGAGGGUCAGGUACACUUUGCCCGUUGCUUUGAGGGCAAGAAAAGGCCAGUACCUUCCUUUGGAGGUUGUCGGGGGCCCGAGAUCACCAGGAGCCUCAAAGAAAUUGAACACACAUUCGAGAAACACCUGUCCACGCUCAAGGGUGUACAAAAGACAAUCCUUGAUGUGAAGGUGGCGAGUUGGCACGAUGACUACAGCAAGUAUCGUAGUGGAGUCAAGGACCUUGAGGUGAUGGUACAGAAUGUCAUCAACACUGCGUUCACUACAGUCACCACUGUGCAAGAGGGGGUCGAGUUCCUGGAGGUAUUCCAACAUCUCACCACUAGAGAGAAUAUCAAGAGAGUGGUGGAUCGACGAACUGUGGACCUGUACGCCAUGUUCAAUGAGGAGUUGAACAUGGCUAAGAAAGAGUUUAGCAAACAGAGCUCCACUCUUCCCUCCUCACAUCCUCCGUUUGCAGGUACGGCCACCUGGGUGCGCUCACUCAAGAAGAAGAUAGACUUGCCCAUGAAGACAAUGGAGGGAGCAUUCUACCUGUACGAGAAGGGUGUGGGCGAGGAGGUGAAUUAUAGCUACCUACAGCUGGCCCAGAAUCUGGAGGAGUUUGUAGGCAAGACCUUCAAUGACUGGGUGAUCACUGUGGACAAGGAGCUCGGAAGGCACCUAGAGACACAGCUCACAAGGACCUGUCACAACAGGUCAGGGAUGAUAGAGGACAGUUUCAGUCCACUCCUGCGAAAACUGUUUGGAGAGAUGCGUUACUGGGAAAGGCUACGAUUUGAGAUCCCUCAUUAUGCUGCAGAAAUUUAUGGCAUGUGUGAGGAACUUCGAGUGCUCAGAGAGAAUGUUCUGUUAGUUGUGAGAGACUACAACAGUAUCAUUGGGAGUCUCCAACCACAGGAGAGAGCUCUGUUCAAGGAGCGGAUCAAAAGCUUGGACAAAAAACUGCGACCGGGUAUGACUAAAUUGACCUGGGCUUCUGAGGGUAUACUCGAGUAUGUCAGUGACUGCCGAACACACGCAAACAAGGUUCGGUCCAUCAUUGAUAACUACAAGGCAUCCAACAGGACCAUUGGGUCCAAGUGUCGUCAGAUUAGUGAGAUGCUCCUAGUGAAGGUGGAUGGUAAGAGAGUGUACGAUGGCAAUGAGUUUGAGGUGGAGCAGGCCAAGCACCGCAAGAAAACAGUGAGGAAAUUGAAAGAUGUCUACAAUGGGAUCGUUGGAACCAUGUCCAAGACCUUUGAGGUGUUUCGUAGUGAUGGAGGAGAGGUCCACCACCACUGGACCAACUACACUGAGCAGAUGGACAGAAUGGUGGAGGAGGCAUUCAGGCUCAACGUCAAGUGGUCCCUACAAGAGCUGGCCCGAGCCAUUCACGGUGAUGGAAAGUCAACCCCUGACCCAGUGUUUCGAGUCAAGGUGGUCCUCUCUGAGACUAUUCAAUUCUCUCCUAGUAUUGAUGAAAUGGCUGGUUAUGUCACUACUGUCGCUGCAGAGAGUGUCAACUCCACGUCUGCCUUCCAGAGAUUGUCUGAAAUCCUUGCCAAGAAGAGGGCCAAGGGACCGAGUAUCAGUCAGGUUAUAGACAAAGAUGAGGAUGUGAAGAAGACACGCUCGUCCAUUGAGGGUGGUGUUCAGAGAGCAGCCACUAGACUACAGGAGUAUGUCAGGACCUGGGAUGAGUUCAAAAUCAUUUGGACAGUGCAGAAAGAUGCAUUCUUCCGUCGUUGGCGAGCACAGGACCCUAGAGUAUCAGAUUUUGACCAGGCUAUUACACAGUACAUUGAGCUGAGCAACAAGGUUCAAAAUGUGGACACCAUUAGCAACGUGGACUUCAUUCUCUUGGACUCCUCUCCACUCAAGUUCUCCAUCAUUGCUCACUGUGACGAGUGGCAGAACAGGUUCCAUAAUCUACUGCUUGACAUGGCCUCCACUAAGCUCAAUGAUAUCUGCUCCUCCCUAGAGCAAAACUCCAGAAAACUGAGAGUACCUCCUGAGAGCCUGGACCAACUCAGUGACAGUCUGGACUUGCUGGAGCAUCUUCAGUCAGACAUUCCCAAUGUUGAGGCUCAGUUUGAGCCACUGCACGACCAGUUCAAUAUUCUACGCAAGUACGAGGUGCAGAUCCCUGAGGAGGUGGACCAUCAGCUGGACGGGCUCCAGGGAAACUGGAUGGCCUUUCAACAGUGCCUCAUCGACAGUGACGGCAUGCUCAAGAAACAUAAGGAGAAGUUCAAGACGAAUCUCCUCCACUCUGCAGAGGACUUCAAGAAGACGGUGUCAGUUCUAGCUGAAGAGUUUGAGACAAAGGGGCCGUUCACUGCGGCAGUACCAAUUGCCGAGGCCAUGGAAUUCAUAUCUACUAUGAGAGGACAGCUAGCACAGCUCAAGCUAAAAGAGAACAGCAUCAGGAAGGGCCUCAACAUUUUCAAGAUUGACCAGCCCCCAUCCCACCUCAUCCAGACCAUGGAGAAGGAUCUUGACUAUCUGGAGGAUGUGUGGGAGUUGAUUCAGGAGUGGCAGAUGGCUUGGGACUCGUGGAAAGUUGGCACCUUUGCUUCACUGCGUACUGACGAUAUGGGCUUCCAAGCCCAGGGCAUGCUCAAGAAAAUCAACAAGCUCGCCAGAGAACUCAAGGAGAAGACUGAGUGGACGAUCUGUGGCUCGCUGAAGGGAGAGAUUGAAACGUUUAAGAGAACCAUGCCACUGAUCCAAGACCUCAAGAACCAAGCUAUGAGGGACAGACAUUGGGAGCAACUCAAGGAGGAAGUGCAGAAGCCAUUUGAUCACACAAGUGAUGAGUUUACACUGGAGAAGAUCAUAGAUCUUGGGUUGGACCAGUUCUCAGAGAACAUUGGUGACAUAUCUGCUGCAGCCAGUAAGGAGCUUGCCAUAGAGCAAGCUAUUGGUGACAUUGCCAUCCAGUGGAAAGACCUCACUCUGGAUAUUGGACCCUACAAGGACAGGGGACACCACAGACUCAAGGGUACUGAGGAGGUGUUCCAGAUACUGGAUGACAACCAGGUGACCCUCUCUACAAUGAAGGCCUCUCGCUAUGUGAAGGCCUUUGAGAAGGAGGUGGAUCACUGGGAGAGGAAGCUUUCUCAUGUACUCGAGGUCAUCGAGAUGAUCCUGCAGAUCCAGAGACAGUGGAUGUAUUUGGAGAACAUUUUUGUGGGAGAAGAUAUUCGGAAACAACUGCCAAAGGAGACAUCUGAAUUCGAUGGAGUCAACAGUAACUGGAAGACUGUGAUGAGUCGCCUGAACAAGGACCCGAAUGCGUUGAGGGGUACCCAUCACGAGGGACUGCUCGAGCUGCUCAACGAAAUGAAUGGGAUUCUGGAGGCCAUACAGAGAUCUUUGGAUAUGUAUCUGGAGACCAAGAGACAGUGCUUUCCAAGAUUUUACUUUUUGUCCAACGACGAUCUUCUGGAGAUUCUGGGCCAGUCUAAAAACCCUGAAGCAGUGCAACCUCACUUGAAGAAAUGCUUUGACAAUAUCAAGGUACUGGACUUGGCCAAGAUGCGAGAUUAUCACGAGGCAACUCACAUGAACUCCUCAGAGGGUGAGAAGGUGCAAUUCAAGAACAUUGUUCGGCUGGAGGGCGUGGUAGAAGGCUGGCUGUGUGACGUUGAAGACAUGAUGCGAAUAACUCUCAAGGAUGUCCUUCGUGCUUGUCGUAUCGAUCUUAAAAAGCACUUAAGCAAACGAGACAAGUGGGUCAGGGAUUGGCCCGGACAGAUGCUCAUUACUGCUAGUCAGAUACAGUGGACUGCUGACUGUGAGAAGGCUCUCGACAGAGGAGACAAAAAGGGACUCAAGAGCAUCAAGAAGAAACAGAACCAGAUGCUAGAUAAAUUUACUGAGGUCAUUCGAAGCAACCUCACUAAGAUGGACCGACUCAAGAUUGUGGCUCUUUCUACUAUAGAGGUGCAUGCUAGAGACAUCAUAGAGCGACUGCUCAAGUCAGGUUGCAACAACCGAACAGCCUUUGAGUGGCUCAUUCAACUGAGAGUGUACUGGGAGGAAGAUGACUGCUGUAUACGUCAGACCAACACUCUGUUUAGCUACGGCUAUGAGUACCUCGGCAACUCUGGGAGGCUCGUCAUCACACCUCUUACAGAUCGUUGCUAUGUGACUCUGACCACUGCCCUUCACCUGCAUCGAGGGGGUAGUCCGAAGGGGCCUGCCGGAACUGGCAAGACUGAGACUACGAAAGACUUGGGAAAGUCCCUGGGAAUGUACGUCAUUGUCAUCAACUGCUCUGAGGGUCUGGACUACAAGUCCAUGGGCAGGAUGUUCAGUGGACUGGCACAAUCUGGAGCAUGGGGUUGCUUUGACGAGUUCAACCGUAUCAACAUCGAGGUGCUCUCAGUGGUGGCCCAGCAAAUCCUCUCCAUUCUCCAAGCUCUCUCUAACCUUUCUGCUCGGUUCCUGUUUGAGGGUCGUGAGAUCAAGCUCACCCACUCCUGUGGUAUCUUUAUCACAAUGAACCCUGGCUAUGCUGGUAGAACUGAACUACCUGACAACUUGAAGAGCAUGUUCCGACCCAUCUCUAUGAUUGUACCAGACUCUGCCAUGAUAUCUGAGAUCAUCCUCUUUGGAGAAGGAUUCAGUCAGUGCAAGCUGUUAGCUCGUAAAGUGAACACUCUGUACAAUCUGGCCGUGCAACAGCUCUCCAAACAAGACCACUACGACUUUGGUCUGCGAGCCCUGGUCUCAGUGCUCAAGUAUGGUGGCCGUAAGAAAAGAGGCAAUCCUGAGAUGGCUGAUGAGGAAGUCCUGCUCUUAGCCAUGAAGGACAUGAACAUUGCCAAGUUGACUGCUGACGACACCCCUCUCUUCAACGGUAUCACCUCUGACCUCUUCCCUGGAGUGGAUGUACCACAACUGGACUAUGGAAUUAUGAAUAUAGCCAUCGAGAAGGAGCUGAAGUUAGCCAACCUACAGUGUAUUGAGAUGACCAUGACCAAGAUCAUUCAACUCUUUGAGACCAAGAACUCGCGUCAUUCUGUCAUGAUUGUGGGUUUGAGCGGCAGUGGGAAGUCAGUCACCUGGAAGAUGCUUAGGAACACUCUCACACGCCUCAAGAAGGAGAGCAAGGGAUCACAGUAUCAAGCUGUCAAGGACUACCCUAUCAACCCCAAGUCCCUGUCACUGGGUGAGCUAUAUGGAGAGUUUGACCUGAGCACUAAUGAGUGGACCGAUGGCGUGCUCUCCAGUGUUAUGAGGCAGACCUGUGCUGAUGAGAAACCAGACCAAAAGUGGCUCCUCUUUGAUGCCCCCGUGGACACACUCUGGAUUGAGUCCAUGAAUUCUGUCAUGGAUGACAACAAAGUUCUCACACUUAUCAAUGGAGAGCGUAUCUCAAUGCCCGAACAGGUUUCACUAUUGUUUGAAGUGGAGGAUCUUGCUGUGGCCUCUCCUGCCACUGUGUCACGCUGUGGGAUGGUGUACAAUGACUGGAAGGACCUCGGCUGGGACCCCUUCGUGAAGUCAUGGCUCCAGAAACACAAGGACAAGCGACUCACUGAGCUACUCCAGAGCCUGUUUGACAAGUAUGUGACCAAGAUCUUGAAUUUUAGGAGGAAAAAGUGCAAGGAGCUGGUCCCCACCAGUGAAUUGAACUCUGUUACCUCGCUCUGCUAUCUCCUGGAUGCCCUCGCCACUCCAGAAAAUGGGGUUAACCCAGCUGAUUCUGAGAACUUUAGUCACAUGCUGGAACUGUGGUUCCUGUUCUGUAUUAUCUGGUCUCUGGGAGCAGGAGUGGAUGAAGACGGUCGCAAGAAAAUGGACAACUUGAUUCGUGAGUUAGAAGGCCAGUUUCCACCCAAAGACACUGUCUAUGAGUACUAUGUGGACACCAAGAACAAGAGCUGGGGUCUCUGGGAGGAAAAACUCAAGGGCUCAUGGAGAUACCCUACCAAUGUUCCAUUCUACAAGAUCCUUGUGCCGACUGUGGACACACUCCGCUAUGACUUCCUGGUCCACCACCUAAUCAAUGUGGAGAGGCCAGUUCUGCUAGUGGGACCUGUCGGAACAGGCAAAACUUCUGUUGCCAUUGGUGUGCUCCAGAAACUUGACCCUAGUCAGUUCAACCUGCUCACCAUCAACCUCUCAGCACAGACUUCAUCCAACAAUGUGCAAGAGAUUAUUGAAGGAAAGGUGGAAAAGAGGACCAAGGGUGUGUAUGUCCCUGUUGGUGGCAAGAAGCUGCUCACAUUCCUAGACGAUAUGAACAUGCCAGCUAAAGACACGUUUGGUUCUCAACCUCCACUGGAGCUCAUCCGACAAUGGAUAGACUAUGGCUUCUGGUAUGACAGGGCGAAACAGACCGUCAAACAGAUCAAGGACAUGUUUCUGCUGGCCUCUAUGGGCCCACCAGGUGGAGGGAGGAUGGUCAUCUCAAAACGACUACAGAGCAGAUUCAACCUCAUCAACAUGACCUUCCCACAGGAGAGCCAGAUCAAGCGUAUCUUUGGUACAAUGAUCAGUCAGAAACUGCAAGACUUUGAUGAAGAUGUCAAGCCACUAGCGGAUGUGAUGACAAAGGCCACCAUUGAGAUAUACAACUUCAUCUCCACACGAAUGCUUCCCACACCCACCAAGAUACACUACCUCUUCAACCUCAGAGACAUAUCAAAGGUGUUUCAAGGGUUGUUGAGAGCCCACAGGGACUACCAUGACACCAAGACAACAAUGGCACGACUGUGGGUUCAUGAGUGCUUCAGAGUAUUCUCAGAUCGACUGGUGGGGGAGAAGGACAUUGAGACAUUCCAGAGCCUGCUCUCUGAGAAACUAGGGCUCCUGUUUGACCUCACCUACCACAACCUCUGUCCCAACAAAAUGGCUCCUGUGUUUGGUGAUUUCAUGAAGCCAGAGCAGCCUGUAUAUGAGGACAUACUGAGCUUUGCUGAGCUGAAGAAGCACAUCGAGAUUCAACUAGAAGACUACAACAUGGAGCCUGGCAUCAUCCCCAUGGAGCUGGUCCUCUUCAGAGAUGCCAUAGAACACGUGUGUCGGAUAGUGCGUGUGAUUCGUCAGCCUCGUGGGAACAUGCUGCUUGUGGGUGUGGGGGGAAGUGGGAGACAGAGUCUCAGUCGACUUGCUUCCUACCUCAUCUCAUACAAGAUCUUCCAAAUUGAGGUCACCAGGCUCUACAGACUCCAGGAGUUCAGAGAAGAUAUUCGCAAGCUGUACUACUUGGCUGGAGUUGAGAACAAGCCGACAGUCUUCCUGUUCAACGACACUCAAGUGGUGGAGGAAUCGUUCCUAGAGGACAUCAAUAACAUUCUCUCAUCAGGAGAAGUGCCCAACCUCUACAAACCAGAUGAAUUUGAAGAGGUGAGGAGUGCCCUGUCAGAUGCAGCCAGAAAGGAUGGUGUCAGUGACACACCAGACAGCAUGUUUUCCUACUUGAUUGAGAGAGUGAGAAACAAUCUCCACAUAGUGCUGUGCAUGAGUCCAGUGGGAGACCCAUUCAGGAAUCGUCUGCGAAUGUACCCAGCGUUUGUCAACUGUACGACCAUCGACUGGUUCAGUGAAUGGCCAAAAGACGCUCUCCUAGAGGUGGCCGAGAAGUACCUAGAGGAAGUUAAACUGCACAAGGAUGGAGACUCUCAGGAAGUCGCUAAAGAACUCAGGAGUAAUGUUGCCAGUGUGUUUGUCAUUUGUCAUCGCUCAGUCGUGGAGAUGUCAGAUAAAAUGCUGUUUGAGAUGAAGAGGCACAACUAUGUCACUCCUACUAAUUACCUGGAGCUUGUGUCUGGAUACAAACAGUUGCUUGAUGACAAACGUAAAGAGCUUGGUGAUGCAGCCACAAAGCUCAAGAAUGGGCUCGACAAGCUCAUCGAUACUAGAGAGAAAGUAGAGGCCAUGACUGUGGAACUAGAAGAUACUAAACUCCAGCUAGCUAGCUUCCAGAAACAAUGCGACGAUUACCUAGUCAUUAUAGUUCAACAAAAACGUGAUGCUGAAGAGCAAGAAAAGGCUGUGUUGGCUCGCAGUGAAAAGAUUGCUGAAGAGGAGGGUCGAUGUCUGGUAAUGGCUGAAGCUGCUCAGAAAGACCUUGAUGAGGCGCUGCCUGCUCUUGAGGCAGCUCUCGAGGCUCUCAAAGCACUCAACAAAAAGGAUCUUGGUGAAAUCAAGUCGUACCCCACCCCCCCAGAGCUGGUAGAGAUUGUAAUGCAGGCGGUCAUGAUAUUGAGACAGUCAGAUCCAUCCUGGGCCGAGGCAAAGAGGCAGUUAGGAGACCCUCAGUUCAUCAAACAGCUCGUUGAGUUUGACAAAAAUAACAUGAGCGACAAAGUUCUCAAGAGGAUUGGUCAGUAUUGUUCCAAACCAGACUUCAAGCCUGAUAUAGUGGGUCGAGUGUCUGGAGCUGCUAAAUCCCUGUGCAUGUGGGUGAGAGCUAUGGAGGUGUACGGACGAAUCUUCCGGGUGGUGGAGCCCAAGAAGAAGAGGCUGGAGACGGCCAAUCGCCAGUUGGCCGAGAAGCAAGCUUCACUCAAAGAAGCCAAGGACAAACUAAGGGAGGUCAAAGAGAAGCUUGAGGAGCUGCAGAAACAGUAUGAGGAGAAACUGGCUACUAAAGAGGAUUUAAGAAAGAAGGCCGAGUUAACUGAGUUGAGGCUGGACCGUGCUGCCAAACUAGUGAGUGGACUGGCUGGAGAGCGUGUGCGUUGGGAGGAGACUGUCAAGACUCUCGAAGAGAGCAUUGGAUACCUCGUGGGUGACUGUCUGGUGGCAUCAGCUUUUCUCUCCUAUGCUGGGCCUUUCCUAUCCAGCUACAGAGACGAGCUCGUCCAGGAAACAUGGCUGAAGCAAGUACGAACACUCAAUAUUCCAUGUAGUCCGAACUACUCGUUUGCUACUUUUCUGGGUAAGCCCACAAGUGUUCGAGAUUGGAACAUCCAGGGGCUGCCCUCGGAUGCAUUCUCCACUGAGAAUGGUGUGAUAGUGACCAAGAGCAAUAGGUGGCCCCUCAUGGUGGACCCACAGGGACAGGCCAUCAAGUGGAUCAAGAACAUGGAGAGACACAGGAAUCUCAAGAUCAUUGAUUUGCAGCAGCCUGACUUCCUCAGAACUCUAGAGAAUGCUGUUCAGUUUGGCUCGCCUGUGCUGCUACAGAAUGUCCAAGAAGAGUUGGACCCCUCCCUGGCCCCCAUCCUCAGCAAAUCACUCAUCAAGAGAGGCAAUCGGCUUGUGAUCAAGCUUGGAGACAAGGAGGUGGAGUAUAACCAGGACUUCAAGUUCUACAUCACCACCAAACUGAGCAACCCUCACUACACUCCCGAGAUCUCAACAAAGACUGCCAUCGUUAACUUUGCUGUCAAGGAGCAAGGCUUGGAGGCUCAGCUACUCGGUAUCGUGGUGCGCAAAGAGAGACCAGAGCUAGAGGAACAGAAGGACAAACUGGUAGUUAACAUCUCUAACAGCAAGAAGAAGCUCGUGGUUCUCGAAGACGAAAUCUUGAGGUUGUUGAGCACAUCCCAAGGGUCUAUUCUAGAUGAUGAGGUGUUGGUCAACACUCUCCAGUCCAGUAAGAAGACAUCAGAGGAUGUCACAGAGCAGCUCAAAGUGGCCGAGGAGACUGAGAUCAAGAUUGAUGCAGCGAGAGAAGGCUACCGUCCAUGUGCUCAGCGAGCCUCCAUCCUUUUCUUUGUGAUGAAUGAUAUGGGGCGAGUGGACCCAAUGUACCAGUUCUCUCUAGAUGCCUACAUUCUCCUCUUCUCCACCUCCAUUGACAAGAGUCUCAAGCACCCUCAACUAGAGGAGAGAAUCUCGUACCUCAACGACUAUCACACCUUUGCCGUCUACCAGUACACCUGUAGAGGACUCUUUGAAAGGCACAAGCUCUUGUUUUCAUUCCAAAUGUGUGCCAAAAUCUUGGAGGCUGCUACCAAACUCAAUCUCGAUGAAUACAACUUCUUCCUAAGGGGUGGAGUUGUGUUGGACAGGGAGGCUCAGAUGGACAAGCCGUGUGCCUGGUUAGACGAUGUGGCAUGGGACAAUGUCACAGAACUCGACAAAAUUGCCAGCUUUAUCGGGAUAGCCAACUCAUUUGAUCAGUACCCUCGUGAUUGGCACCAGUGGUACACCUCCUCUGAGCCUGAGGCCACCCCACUGCCGGGGGAGUGGGAGAACUCGUGCAAUGAGCUACAGAGAAUGCUCCUCGUCAGGUCACUCAGACAAGACAGAGUUCCCUUUUGUGUCACCACCUUCAUCAUUAACAACCUAGGCUCAAAGUUUGUUGAGCCUCCUGUGUUGAACAUGUCUCAAGUGGUGGAUGACUCUACGUGUCGAAUACCACUCAUCUUUGUCCUCUCAACAGGAGUGGAUCCGACCACCUCGUUGCUCCAACUGGCCGAGCAGGCUGGGAUGGGAUCACAGUUUCAAGCACUCUCUCUGGGCCAAGGGCAGGCACCCAUUGCCAAGAGAAUGAUAGAAAACGGAGUGAAAGAGGGACAUUGGGUGUUCCUGGCCAACUGCCACUUGUCUCUCAGCUGGAUGCCACAAUUGGACAAACUCGUGGAGGAGGAGCUGCAGAACAAGACACCCCACGAGGAUUUUAGACUUUGGCUGAGCUCAAAACCACACCCUGGGUUCCCCAUCUCCAUACUGCAGUCAGGCAUUAAGAUGACCACUGAGCCGCCCAAGGGACUCAAGGCAAACAUGAAGCGUCUGUACAAUCUUGUGAAUGAGGGCACCUUCCCACGCUGCACUGCUGAGGUCAAGUACAAGAAGCUCCUCUUCUCGCUCUGUUUUUUCCACAGUUUGCUCAUAGAAAGGAGAAAGUUCCUCACUCUGGGCUGGAAUAUCAUCUAUGGCUUCAACGACUCUGACUUUGAGGUGUCGGAGCAUCUACUGAGUAUCUACCUGGAUGAGUACCCUGACACACCAUGGGAUGCACUCAAGUACUUGAUUGCUGGUGUCAACUAUGGUGGUCAUGUGACUGACGACUGGGAUAGACGGGUACUGUACACUUACAUUGGAGACAUGUUUCUGGAUGAAGCUCUCAACUUACCUUAACACAGGCUUUCCUCCCUUGCCACGUACUAUAUACCAAAGGAAGGUCCCCUGCAGACCUACAGAGAAUACAUCAACCAGCUACCCAAUGUGGAUCACCCUGAGGCGUUCGGGCAACACCCUAAUGCCGAUAUCGCCAGUCAA